GGACUCGUUCAAUAGCCAAAAAUAUGAUGCAUUACCAAGCAUUAACUUUCCAAAUUAAGCUUACCAAUUUUUCAUACUCCAAAAACACUUUGACAAUGUCGCCUUGCUUUUCUCUUCCCUCUCAACACAACAAAGAAGAAGAAUCUAUCUCGUUUUUUCUUUCAUCAAUGCGAAAAUACUCGGCCGGAACCAUCUAUACUCCGGCCACCAAUACCCAGUUUAUUCAAUGUCGACGUCGACGUUUUCUAGUCAUGCGCAAGGACCCUCGUCAACUGCCAGCCCGCCAUUGGCGAUAAUUAUAUCAGUAAUUUUGCUUGUUUUGUUUGCCUUUGGUUUUCUUACCAUAUUCUUUUGUAGGUGCAUCCUGCAAAACCUUGUUAGUAUGUGGAGUCGACGGCAGAAUCCUUCAGGUGCCGUCGAUGCUGCCGCAGGUGCAGAUAUGAGUAAUGGCCUCGAUCCAGAACUAAUACAAGCUUUCCCCACGUUUUAUUAUUCCACUGUCAAAGAGUUUCGCCGCGAAAAAUACGGCCUAGAAUGCGCUAUUUGCUUAGGAGAGUUCAACGAUAACGAUAUGCUUCGACUUUUGACAAUUUGUUGUCAUGUUUUCCAUAAAGAAUGCGUUGAUCUAUGGCUUGAAUCGCAUAAAACUUGUCCGUUUUGUCGCGGGGAGCUAGACGAGCCUAGGCAGUCGUUAGACAAAUCACCUAUGAUUGGCCGUAGCAAUUCCAUGCAUGAAAUCGGAGCAAGCCGAAGUCCAUUACAAGAUGCUGUUUGCAUCGACAUUAGAGAAGAUGACGAUGACAAGGACACUGUUGGUGAGCGAGAAAAUGAAGCACAAACAUCUUCUAAUACAAGACAAGAACACCGUAGGAUCCAAAAAUUUUCGAGAUGGAAUUCAACCGGCCACUCCAUACCUAGGACUAGAGAAGAGGAUAGAUAUACUUUGAGAUUGCCUGAACAUAUCAAAAAACAAUUUGUAAGGGGACACAAGAUUGCAAAAAGUUGUAUUACCUUUGGUGAAUUCACAAGCCCUUCCGACUACCGGAAUCAAGGCUCCGGUAAACCAUCGGAGACACUCCAAGGAGACAUCGAUAAAGUUUAAGUUUUUAGGAACUUUUUUUUUCUUUUAUUCUCACAAAAGCUCAAUUUUGAUAUUAUGUUAGGAAAAUUCUUAAUAGAGUUUAUAUUACAAGUAAUAUGUGACAAUAUUUUUCAGUUCUUAUCGUUUUUUUUCUCACAAGAAUUUUUAUUAAUUUGAAUUGAGAGAACCGAAAUAUACUUUAUUUUUUCAAA